CUCACCUUCUCUUAUUAUCGGACACAAUUUGGCUUCCAGUUGAGUGCGUGUGGUUGCCUCCAGUUUGCUUAGCCUAACUAUUUGGAUUACCAGUGUCCUCUUUCUUCGAUUUCUUCCAUUGAACUUGUAGGAAGUAUUUAUCGACCUUCUACUUACAAAAAAAUAAGUUUACAAUUAAGCAGAUCUACUUGUGCGUGUACUUUACUUGGUUUAAUUUGGUCAUCAUCAUCUCUAAUUUCUUCAAUUUCAUUCAUUUGUUGAAGCUACAGGACCUUAAAUUACCAAUUAAUGGCGGACAUAGCUGGGGCAAUCAUCAGUGCAUUGAGUUGCAUUUGUGGUACUCCAAUCUGCAACUGUAUAGAUCAAUAUAGAAGUUUUAAUGAUGAUGUGGGUGAGCUGAGAAGAGAAUUGGACACUCUAACCAAACGAAAGGAAGAUAUAGAAUCAAGAAUAGAAGUAGGAGAGGCUUGCGGGGGAGAAAUGGUUAGACGAGAAGUGAAAGAUUGGCUUAAGCAAGUACAAGACAUUAAUGUUGAUGUACAUGCAUUUUUAGAAGAGGUGCAGGGAAUCAAGUGGUACGAGCGUGCCUGUCUUGACAAACUUGUUUGUAGAAAAAUUGAUGUGGUGAGGGAGAUGCUUGAAAAAGGUAGUUUUCCUGGAGGCCUUUUUAUUGACAGAGCUCCAGCUCGUGGAAACAGAAUUCCAACAGAGAAUUUAGUGGGGGAGAUUUCUACUAAAGAAGAAAUUUGGGGGUACUUGAUAGGUGAUGAGGUUGGAAUGAUCGGAGUUUGUGGGAUUGGUGGAGUUGGAAAGACUACGAUCAUGAAGAAUCUCCACAAUGAUUUACAGGGGGAGACUAGAUUUCAGAAAGUCAUUUGGUAUUUGGCUAUUUGUUUUUUGCGAGAAAUUACAAGAGUGAGAAAUUUUGAAGAGGUUGCUAGACUGAAGAAGUUGGAGACUUUAGAAUGUAACUUUGAUGACAUACAAGACUUCAAUUCUUUUGUCAACAAGUUCAAAGAUUUCCAAAGGGCUAUUACUUACAGUCUUCUAGUUGGGAGUGCAAAAGACAUGCUUAGAAGGAGCAAACAUGAGCUUGUAAUUACUGAUUGCGAGAUCGGGGAAGAAUGUAUAGUGCUUCCAACUAAGCUUGAAGAUUUGUGGAUAAUUAGGCUUAAAAACAUGGGAAGCAGCUUAAGCAAAAUAGCUCUGUUAGAAAAAGCAAAUGAGUUGAGGACGUGCAAUAUUCGCUUUUGUGAAGAGAUAGAGUGUGUGGUUGAGUUGGACUUAUCCUCCUCCUCCUCCUCAUUGCGUUGUCCUGUAUUUGAUAAGCUUGAAGAGCUAUGGCUUUGGCAAUUGCCUAGGUUGUGUGAACUUGUGAGAGUGGAAGGAGAAGCAACACCACCGCACGUCUUUUCCAAUCUUAAAAGGCUUGCUAUAUUGUCAUGUUCGGGAAUAAGGAAGUUGCUUCCACUUGAGCUACUGCAGACCCUCCAAAACUUAGAGGCGAUUACAGUUUCUUUUUGCCAUCAAAUGGAGGAGAUAAUAGCAUCAUUAGAUUCGGAUGCAUCAUCAUCGGAUAAAUUCACUUUCACUUUUCCUAAGUUAAGGGAAUUGCGCUUGUGGACCUCACCCCAAUUGAAGAGCAUCUGCAGUGCCAAAGGAGUUAUGGUUUGUAAUUCUAUUGAAACAAUUGAAAUAGGUGGAUGUCCGGAGUUAAAAAGGAUCCCUGUGCAACUUCCCCAACUUGAUAACGGCCAACCAUCUCCUCCUCCUCAUCUCAGAGAAAUCAAGAUACAUGAAAGUUCAAAAGAAUGGUGGGAAUCAGUGGAAUGGGAUCAUCCUAACGCUAAGAACCUCCUUCAACCUUUCUUGAAAUAUUCUGGAUAUCCGUGGGAUUGAGGGAGCUAGGAAGGAAUUGAUGUGUUAGUGUUUGAGAGCUAUAUCUAAUGGAUGCACAAGUGUAACAAGCCUCAGAUCAAUGCUAUGUAAGUUUCCAGUUUUCAAUCUAAUGCUUUCUAUUCCAUCCAAUUUCUUCUACUUUUUGUGAACCUUGCUGCCAUAGCCAAACACAACAGGAUCUAGGAAGGAGUUGAUGUGUUGGUGCUUGGAGCUAUGUGUGGUGGAUGUACAAGCAUAUAGAACAAGCUUCAUAUCAAUGUUAUAUUGGCCACCAUUUGCCCCAGUUGUUCAUAAUGAUAUUGCAAAUGAUAUGCUGAUUUAUUAACAAAAGCUGAUGUUUAUUGCACUUCCAUCAUUCUUAGGAUUGGUUCUGUGCUUUUUCUGGAAUGGCAGAACUGCUACUGUAGCAUGCAUCAAAGGGGAAAGAUGGAAGCAUCAUACUGGGGAAUGGGAUCUCGUGUUCCCAUCAUGGUGACAGUUCGCAACAUCUUACAAGAACUAAAGAUCAAACAUUACUAUUUUGAACAAAUACACAAUUGUCAA